AAGUUCCAAGGAAUAAAACAUACUUCUUAUGCACUGACGAACAUGGAGAAGUCCAUCCAGGUGCCAAAGGAGCUGAAAGCGCUGCUGAGCUGCGGCCUAUGCCAUCGUCCAUAUGACCUGGCCGCCGGUCUGCUGCCCCAGGAGCUCGUCUGCCAGCACAGCUUCUGCGAGGAGUGCGUGUACAGGAACACCGAUCGCAAUUCGUCCGAGUGCGUCUGCUAUGUGUGCGGAUUUCGCACACAGCUGCAUGGCCAGAAGCUGCCGGAAUCCCUGGCCAUCAUGUAUCUGCUACGUGAGCUGCCGGCUUUGGUGCUGGGCAGGGCCAUGCUGGAUUUCUCGGACAAGAACAGCAGCACUAUUGAAAUUUCUAGUGAAGAAGCGCCCAAUGCUUCAGCGAAGAACUGGUUGGAAGAGAUCAGCGUGGACAGCUUUUUGGCCACCAGCGUGGAGCACUGUUUCAUCCACGCCAUGCCGAACUCCACGUGGUGUCACACUUGCCAGCGUCUGUUGUGCCGCGCUUGCUCGGAUGUGCCGCUGCACCAGGAUCAUAUAUUGGUGCGCCAAGUUGAUUACCACGACCUGAUACGCCACCUGCUCAACUCCGAGAUGGCGAAGAUCAAGGGCACAGCUGUGCAUGCCACCGAGUUGGCCACCCGCGAAGUGGAUCUGCUGCGCGAGCUGUGCGAUGCGUGCUACCACGUCCAGUUGCAUGUGAAGCGUGUGAUUCUGGAGCACCAUCCCAGCAUGGUUGCCGCCACGAUGACGGGCUGGCAUCAACGUGCCGAACGGGAUCUGGGCAGAGCCGUGAAUCUGACUGGAGCUGAAAUGAUGCAGGUGCUCGCCCAUUUGGCCAAACAGCGACGCCAAUACGAGGGCCAGUUGGGCGAGGUGCACUUUCAGUGUCGGAUGCGGGCCGCGGUGCAGGAGAAUGGCAUGCAGGUCCUGGAUUUCGAGACUCUAAACAAUAGGAUCACGCAGCUACGCAGUCGUCCGCAUCCUGGUGCUAUUCCGGCCAAUGUGGAGCCACCGCAGGCGCUCAUACUCACCAACUACUGUGUGUUCGCCUACUGGUGCGAGGUGCAGCGCGAAAUGGUUCCUUCACGCUCGUGGAAUCGGAGACCGGAACCGGAAAUGCUGCCGCAACCCCGGCGAGCUGUAGUGCCACCGCAUUUCAAUCAUCGCCUGCGGGAGGCGGAGGUUUGGGAUUAUAUGCAGCAAAUCGAACAGGAUCAGAAUCAAGCACUCAGUCAACUUCCCUAUGAUGGCUCUCCCGAACCCUUCUCGUCGCCGGGCAGCAGCAGCAGCAGUAGCAACAGCCAAAGCAAUAUGAUAGCUCUGGACGUGGAGCAAAGACUUCGUGAAUUGGCGCACCAGUGGCAAGCGGAGCAGCAGCAGCCGCAACAAAUGCCGCAAGUGCAACGGGAACAGCAGCAGCAUGUACAGCUGCUGGGGAACGUAAUGUUCCAGCCAGAUGCGGUCAUCGCCAACUCGGUGGACCAAUUGCAGCCGCAGGUAAUGGGUCAACCAAUUCAGGAUCAACUCCAGCAGGAUGGCGGUACCAGUUCCUCGGUAAGCAUUGUGCGCCAGCCCACCGUUCACUGUUACCCCAUCUACUUUCUGGACAUGGAAAUAGCAGGAGAACUGGCCGGCCGGGUACUAAUCGAGGUGCGUUCGGAUGCCGCUCCCCGGAUGGCGGACAACUUUGGGGCGCUGGUGCGGCACGAGCGGGGCUACGGCUAUCGGGGCUGUGCCGUCUUCCAGGCCUGGGGGGGCGAGAGCAUCAUCACCGGCGACUUUGAGUCGCAGAACGGACGCGGUGGACACUCGGCCUUUGAGAGCAGAUACUUUUUGCCAGAUGACACGGGUUUGCCGGCACACCGGGGAACGGUUGGCAUGCGCAGGGGGCAGCGGCGACAGGAUAGGAGUGGACUCGUGGGCAGCCAGUUCCGGUUGGUGCUCAACGAGAUGCGAUCCUUCACCGCCAUUUUCGGAUUCAUUGUGCAGGGCAUUGAGUUGGUGGACCGAAUUGCGGCCAGUGGCAAUGCCUUGGGACGACCGGCACUUAGGAGCACCAUCCGGAAUUGUGGCGAGUACCAUUUAAACCGAUAAUAUGUCCGACUGAUCCAUCAGACCCAUCUUAACGAACACUAUCAAACCAAAAGAUCCUACACACUUUCAAUGUACAACUCCACCCGAUAUCUAUACAAUUCUUGGUAUGCAAAUCUUGGUACGAAUUUUGUAGAAAUAAACGCACUACUUUAAACGAUCAAAAAAAGACAGUCGCAGUCCGCAACAGAGCCAAUUUUUUAACACAAAAAGAAUUUUUAUAAACAAUUUACAACUCAAAGAAACGUUUUGGAUGCUAUUUUAAAUAAAAAAGACUAUCAAUGAUCUAUAAACAUUUCAGAUUCAUGGACAAGGUGGAAAUUGUAACAGACCUUGAAUAUUUUAAAUAAGUUUAGCCUAAGGAAAACGACACUAAACGUGCGUUGAAGCGCUACGACGUUACCUGGACAUAGUAAAUUAAUUACAAUAAAAACGUAAGAUUAUAAACCAAGAAUAAGGUGAAAGCCAAAUACACAGCUGACAUGUAAUUACGGUCAAUUCAGUUAAUAAUAAUAUACGAAAUAAAUCUAUUAGCAAUAAGUAAUAAACGAGAUAGUUUUCGGUGUCUACAUAUGCAUUUGAUGUGAUCAUAACUAAGGCUAUGUUUGUGAUGGAAGAAAUAAUGAACGCCAAGAGCAGCCAUCCAUAAAAUAAGGGAAUCAAGUAAUAAUAGCACCUUAGCGAAGUAAAGGAAGGCAAGGAAUCGAAUUAAGAAGAAAUCGAAAUCAAUUUUACGAAAUUUGUAGACUAAACUAUUGAAAAUGGCCACAUUAUAGUUUAAAUUAUGUUUAGUAAUCCUUAUAAACCUAUCAACUUCAAUCGAAAAGUGUAUGUUUAGGUUUUAGGUUUAGAAAAGUUAAAUCGAAAUCUUAUAUUUUCCAAAAUAAUACAAAAUCGAAUCACAAAUAAACAUUAGAUAGAACGAAAGAGUUUGGCCCAUAGGCGACAAGUAAAGAGUUUAUAAAGACAUAAAGGGGAGUAAUUGGAAAAUUGUGAUUGGCUGGCAGUUGCUCAGAAAGUUGUUACUUUAAGAAUUGAAUAUGCAUUGAGUAAUAGCAUCGUUUAUGAAUGUCCUAGGUAUACGAUAAAUAAUAUGAACUUUUGAAGGAGUACCCAGAGCAAUGAUGAGAAGUACAAACCGAGAAGGAUAAGGGAAGAUAAUGAAGUUAUUGCAUAAAUAAAUCAAAGUAAUUCAAGAUAAUGUAAGCCUCUUGAUGUCAAAUGUUUGAAUUGGCGUUGCUCGUGAAACCCAGAUUUUCUUUGCAUGUAUCCAACUGAAAAAUCAAAUCCCAUUCGAAUCGAUGUCUAAAUAUGGAAGUUGUUUGUGUAAAUGUGUGAACGUAAUUCAAUAAAGGU